AUGGCAGGUAUUCAUCUGCCCGAUAUAGGAAAACUGGGAAUUCGUAUCGCAACAGGAAUUCGUGACAAGAAGAAAGUUGCCCCGAGUAACAUGGCUGAAAACGCUAGAUACCAGGCGCUGUCAACGAGACUUGAGUCCGAAAAACACGAGCGAAGUAGGGUGUUGAAUAAGGAAGAAAGACGGAUGAAAAGGAAAAAGCAUCGAAUUGACAAACGCCGUCAGGAUAUCGAAAAAAGUAGAAGGCAAGAAUUUAACAGCAAUGUUGACAUUAGUGACGGGAAAUUAUUUCUUCCUUCAAUCUCUCUUCCUAAAACGGCUAUUUCACAUGAUUACGGAGACGAGUUGUUCAACGAAGAUCAGAAAGACUUCGAUCAAUAUCCCGGUAAAUCUUCAGCUAUAUUCCCAAUUCAAGACGAGUUUAGUCGGCUGUUAGACAGUUCUAGAGGUGAUAGAAGAUUAAGAGAAAAGAGGAAGAUUGUCCAGCUACCUUCAAUUGAAACAAGCUCGGGAGACAGUAAAAUCAAACACAGAAAAACGGCUACUUUGAGGAAAAACUUGAAAGCGAAUAAUAAUCUAGUGAACAAGGAUAAAAACGCGUUAGAAAUUAAAGAUAUGAAUUCAGAAAUUGAAAAGGAAUUAGAAGUUCGACCAAAUCCUCAAAUAGAAACGUUUAAUGUGUCAAAUAAACAAGACCAGCGAGGGGACAAGGAUAUUUUCUCACCGACAGGGAAAGAGGGAGUUGAAGAUGAAGAUCACAGACACGCUGAAAUAACAGUCAGUACAGAUUUCAUUAUUGACGAAUCAAUCUCCUCCGAAAACCCAUUUAACUAUUUGUUACUGGAAGAGCAGAGGAGGAAGGCGUUCCAUCAGAAUCUAGAGGACGCAUUUAGAGCGAUCAAAACUUGUCGCUACAUCAGAACCCCUAGUCGUAGAGAAAAAGAAACUGACUUUGAUGAAGAAAUCUUAUGA